AUGGGGACGGCGAGGGGCAGAGCUCCACCGGGAGGACGGGAGGAAGCGAGGGGCCGCGCUGACGCCCCUCUCCCCCAGGGUUUCUUCAAGCGCACGGUGCAGAACAACAAGCACUACACGUGCACCGAGAGCCAGAGCUGCAAGAUCGACAAGACGCAGCGCAAGCGCUGUCCCUUCUGCCGCUUCCAGAAGUGCCUGACGGUGGGGAUGCGUCUGGAAGCUGUCCGUGCUGACCGCAUGCGGGGCGGCCGGAACAAAUUUGGGCCCAUGUACAAGCGGGACCGGGCCCUGAAGCAGCAGAAGAAGGCACAGAUUCGAGCCAAUGGCUUCAAGAUGGAGACAGGCCCCCCAGCGGGGGUGCCCCCACCUCCCCCACCCCCGCCGGACUACUUGCUACCCCCUGGCCUGCAUGCGCCAGAGCCCAAGGGCCUGGCCUCUGGGCCACCUGCUGGGCCACUGGGCGACUUUGGGGCCCCAGCACUGCCCAUGGCCGUGCCUGGUGCCCACGGGCCCUUGGCCGGCUACCUGUAUCCUACCUUCCCUGGCCGUGCCAUCAAGUCCGAGUACCCAGAGCCCUACGCCAGCCCGCCACAGCCCGGGCCGCCCUAUGGCUACCCGGAGCCCUUCUCCGGAGGGCCUGGCGUGCCUGAGCUCAUCCUGCAGCUGCUGCAGCUGGAGCCAGAUGAGGACCAGGUGCGGGCGCGCAUCCUGGGCUGCCUGCAGGAACCGGCCAAAGGCCGCUCCGAACAGCCUGCGCCCUUCAGCCUGCUGUGCAGGAUGGCUGACCAGACCUUCAUCUCCAUCGUCGACUGGGCACGCAGGUGCAUGGUCUUCAAGGAGCUGGAGGUGGCCGACCAGAUGACGCUGCUGCAGAACUGCUGGAGCGAGCUGCUGGUGUUCGACCACAUCUACCGCCAGAUCCAGCACGGCAAGGAGGACAGCAUCCUGCUGGUCAUCGGGCAGGAGGUGACCGACGCGGUGCCCUGCCCCAGUACACUCCUGGUGCUGCGGGCGCAGGAGCUCGUCCUGCAGCUGCACGCGCUGCAGCUGGACCGCCAGGAGUUCGUCUGCCUCAAGUUCCUCAUCCUCUUCAGCCUCGAUGUGAAGUUCCUGAACAACCACAGCCUGGUGAAGGAUGCUCAGGAGAAGGCCAACGCCGCCCUGCUGGAUUACACCCUGUGCCACUACCCGCACUGCGGGGACAAGUUCCAGCAGCUGCUGUUGUGCUUGGUGGAGGUUCGGGCACUGAGCAUGCAGGCCAAGGAGUACCUGUACCACAAGCACCUAGGCAACGAGAUGCCCCGCAACAACCUGCUCAUCGAGAUGCUGCAAGCCAAGCAGACUUGA